AUGUGGUUUCUUGCUGUUCUGCUUUUUGCCUCGUGCACCUUCUCCCAAUCAUUCGCUCCUGGCAGUGUACUCGUCUAUACUUCAGACUCAUCGACAUACUUUGUCACCGAUGCUGGAACCACAACGCUCGAAGCCAGUCUGACGAUCUGUUCGAACAUCUCGCAAACCGUCUUGACUUCUACAGUUUUUGAGCCAACUUUGACCAUCACGGUCAACCAACAGACGUCAUCUGCUCAACAACCCACAGGAUUCAACACUGUUGUAACCAAAAAUGGCUUCGAAAACGGCACAUCUAUUCCUUUCAAUUCAUCUGCUUCAACAUCAUCUGUAUCAGCCGAUGUAGUCCAGAGUGGCCCAUAUCAGCCUCGAACAGGAGAUAGCUAUCUGUAUGUGUCGCAGUCACCAGAUCAGGAAACAAAGCUGACAUCGACGCCAGUUUGA